UUUGAAAGUUUCUACAAAAACAAAAAAAACACUUUCACAGAUCACAUUUCUCUCUCACCCUCUUUUGGUUCUCUUGUUUGCAUUCUCUUGCCUUUGGUUUUUCACCACUCACGUCUUUUGCAAAGAAGAAAGCAUGGCCGUGGCUUUGGUGGGUGGAGCAUUUCUCUCUGCAUUCCUUCAGGUGGCGUUUGACAGACUUUCUUCUCGUGAUUUCCGAGACUUUCUCAAGGGAAGGAAAGACAUUGAUGGAUCGCUAAAAAAGUUGAAGAUGUUACUGAGGUCUGCUAAUUUGGUGCUCGUUGAUGCGGAGGGCAACCAAUAUACAAACCCAGAUGUGAAAGAGUGGCUGGACGAUCUUCAAGAUGCUGUUUAUGAUGCGGAUGACCUUCUAGAUGAGAUUGCCUUGUGGUGCAAGUUACAAGCUCAGUCUCAAACAGGCACUAGUGAGGUACGGAACUUCAUCACUGCUUUUGUUGAUUCAUUUGAAAAAGAAAUACCAUUUAAGCUAGAAAAGAUUCUAGCAGACUUAGAUAGUAUUAUAGAUCAAAUGGGUAUUCUUAGUCUGAAAAAGGAUACCGUUGGAGUAAAAUUAUCAUCACUGCCCUCACAAACAAAAACUUCUUGCCCCGAAACAUGUGAUGUGAUUGGUAGAGAUAUGGAUAAAGAAGAGAUAUUUAAAUUGUGGCAAUCAGAUGUUGCAAGUAAGAUAUGUGUUGUGCCCAUAGUGGGUAUGGGUGGGAUCGGUAAAACAACACUUGCCCAGUUUGUAUUCAAUGACGAAAAAGUUAAAAAGAGUUUUGACCUCAAAGCAUGGGUUUGUGUUUCAGAAAAUUUUGAUAAUCUUGAGAUAUUAAAAGCUAUUUCUGAGGGGAUCAAUGGUACGGCUAGUAACUUUCAGUACUUGCAAUCGUUGGAAAUUGAAAUUCAAAAGACUUUAAAAGGGAAGAAAUUUUUUCUUGUUUUAGAUGAUGUUUGGAAUGAAAAUUAUGGUGUUUGGGACAAUUUCAUUAAAGUUUUUAAAUGUGAGGCACAAGAGGUUAAGAUCAUUGUUACUACACGAAGUGAAAAAGUUGCAAGAGUAGUCACAGUUUCAACUCAUUAUUUUCUAAAUGAACUCUCAAACGAAGAUUGUAUGAAAAUAUUUGUUCAUUCUGCAUUUGGAAAUAGAAAUCCCAAUGAAUUUCCACACCUAUUGGAAAUUGGUAAAGAGAUUGUUGAAAAGUGUAGAGGCUUGCCGUUGGCUGCAAAAACACUUGGGGGAUCAUUGCGUUCAAAUUUUAAUCAAAAUGAUUGGAUUAAGAUUUGGAAGAGUCAUAUUUGGGAUUUACUAGAUGCCAAAAUUAAUAUCUUUCCGGCAUUAAGACUGAGCUAUCAUUACAUCCCAUCACAUCUGAAGCGAUGCUUUGCUUAUUGCUCAAUUUUCCCAAAAGAUUAUGAAUUUGAAAAGGAGGAGUUGAUCCUUUUGUGGAUGGCAGAAGGUUUAUUGCAGCAACCCAAAGAAGCUAGGUGUAUGGAAUUAGAAGAAAUAGGUGAAGAAUACUUUAAUGAUUUAGUAUCAAGGUCAUUUUUUCAACAAUCAAGUAAGUCUAAAUCAUGUUUUUUAAUGCAUGAUCUUAUCAAUGACUUAGCAAAAUCUAUAUGUGGGAAAUUUUGUUUCCGAUUGGAGGAGAGUAAUGAGUCCAAUGAAAUAACAAAAGAGACACGUCAUUUGUCAUAUUACAAAGCUGGCUUUUAUGUCUCUAAGGAAUUUGAGAUCCCUUCAGAAGCUAAGGGUUUGCGAACCUUAUUGGUAAAAAGCCACUUACCAACUUGGAUUUUUGAAUAUAAAAACAUAGUGAAGAUAGAUCUUAAUUUGUUUCAGAAUUUUAAAUGCUUACGAGUGUUAUCAUUGUAUGGUGCAUGCAUAAAGGAGUUACCAAUUACUGUUGAUAACUUGAUACAUCUACGUUAUUUAAACACUUGUAACACUGGGAUCAAAGACUUGCCCGAUUCUUUAUGUAACUUGUAUAAUUUGCAAACCUUGAUAUUGUCAUCGUACAUCACCAAGUUGCCUGCCAACACGAGUAAACUAAUCAACUUGCGCCACCUAGAUAAUAGUGAAGCCAAUAUGGAAGAGAUGCCCCCUCAUAUGGGUAAAAUGAAAAAUCUCAGAAAAUUAUAUGUUUUUUGUGUGGGCAAACAUGAUGAUGGGUCCAAUAUUAAAGAGUUGGGGGAGCUUCAGCAUCUUUCUGGAAAAUUAUCUUUGUUGAACUUGGAAAAUGUUCGAUGCAUUGAUAAAGAUACUAAGGAGGUUAUAUUAAAGAACAAGCAAGAUUUAUCUGAGUUGAAGUUGGAGUGGGAACAUGGUCAUGGCACUAAAGAUUCAGAAAAGGAAAUUAUUUUGCUCGAGAAGUUGUGUCCUUGCACAAACUUGAAUUCUCUCACCAUCACUAAUUAUGAAGGUACAAGCUUUCCAAAAUGGUUAGGAGACUCGUCAUUCUCAAAAAUGGUGUUCAUAAAGCUUCGUAAUUGCUUGUCCUUGCCUCCGCUUGGACAGCUACCUAGCCUCAAGAGCCUUAAAAUUGAAUGUUUUGGUGAAAUAUCAAGUGUGGGCCUUGAGUUCUACGGGAAUACAAUAAACCCAUUUAGAGCCCUUGAGUAUUUAUCAUUUGAAAAUAUGCCAGAGUGGCAGGAUUGGGUUCUUUUUAAAGGGGAAGUUUUCACUUGUCUUCGAGAACUUUAUAUUAAAGAUUGUCCCAAGCUAAGUGGGGGUCUGCCCGUUCAACUUCCGUCUUUGAGCAAACUUAAUAUCAGAAAGUGUGAGCAGCUUGUUGCUUCGCUUCCUAACUCUCCAGCUCUCCAUGAAUUAGUAUGCUCGGGAAAAAUACAGAUUCCAAGUGGUCAUGACUAUCAAUCACUUAAAAGUGUGUUCAUAGAGGGUGGCGGUGAUUCAAUUUUGUCAUUUCCACCAGAAUUUGCUUCCCUCACUUGCUUGGACUUCUGUGGGUGCCCUGAUUUAGUUUCCUUUCCCAGCAGAGGACUGUGCGCUCCAAUUUUGUCUCAGAUUGUAAUCCAUGACUGCAGAAACUUAAAGUCAUUGCCUGAAGGGAUGCACACCCUCCUCCCAUCUCUCGUGCGUUUGGAACUGCGAUGGUGUCCAGAACUGGAAUCGUUUCCCGACGGAGGUUUGCCCUCCAGCUUAGAAAGUCUUGCUAUAUACGGGUGCGAGAAACUCAUUUCCCGUCGCAUGGAAUUGGGAUUGCAAGGUCUUCACUCUCUCAGAAGUUUCACAAUUUCUGAUCAUCGCAAAGAAUUGGAGCCCUUUCCAGAGGAGGCAUUGCUGCCUUCUAAUCUUACCGAUUUCGCCAUCGGUAUUUUACCAUAUCUAAAAUCUCUCAAUGGUAAGGGGUUUCAACCCCUUACCUCUCUUAAACACUUAACGAUUUGGGACUGCAAUAAUCUUGACGGCUUACUAGAAGACGUUUUGCCCACCUCUCUUUAUCAGCUAGAGAUCUAUAAUUGUCGUUUGUUGAAAGAACGGUAUGGAAACGAGAAAGGGGAGGGCCGGGUCAAGAUUGCCCACAUUCCCAGAAUAUCCAUACGUUGAUUGAGCUAUGAGUCAGAAGAACGCUUCUGCCCAGGGUCAAUUUUACUUGUAAAUAAGUGUCUCACACACCCGCUGCCAAUUUAUGCCACUGCUAGCUGCUGGUCCCUUUGCAUUGUAUAUAAAUUUCUAAAUCUCUGAUAUAUUUUCAAGUCACUGUGAAAGCUCAUCCUUUUUUUUUAAUUUGAGAAUCAUUUACUCUCAUUCUUGCUGGAGCUGCUCUUGCCUCAUUAUACUUUCACUGCAUUUCUACUGUGAACUUUGAAGUGCAAGACAAAUACUUUUGAGGGAAUAAUUAAAACAAGGUAAACUACAUGGUAGUUGAUAGCUAGUGCUACUUCUUUACCUUCUAACAGCAGCUGAAACACACUGAUCAAGUGUGGAGAGGGACUUGCUCAGGCUUUCUCUUCGAAAUUUUGGAACUAGUGGUAGAUGGGAAGAUGUGAAGUCCCCUCCGGAGGAUAGGUUGCUGCUUUUGGUUCUUUUUCUCUUCCUACCUUGAAAGAGCUCAAAAGGUUCAGCAUGUGACUGCUCUUGCGGUCCUCACCUGUUGGGGCUACCACUACCACCAAGAACAUUAAAAUGUCCUAUUGUGUGACAAUGGUGCCAGAGGCAGAGGGGGGAAAGCUGGCCCAAAGAUUGCUGAGAUUUUUGUUCCAUGACAAAUCAAGUCCAAAGAUGCCUCGUGAUUGUUAGGGCUGGCUGAAGAAUGGUGUCAUAAUCUGUUUCUGCCUUGAGAUCAAGCACUUUUUAGGUGUUGUCCUUUGUUGAAGGAAAGGUUCCAUCAAGAAGAAGGGCAAAGAAUGGAGCAAGAAUGCCUAUUUUCUUCUGCAUAUUAAUUGAUGAUGAAGUGAUCAUGCGGCUAAAAGUGUAGAAAGAGUCCUCAUUUGCUGUUUUCUUCAUUCACUUGGCAUCAUUUAAAUAUUAGAGUCAGAACACUUUCCAGCUUCCUUCGUUCACUAUUUUGGAUAAUCAAAUUUAACUGACAUGAGUAGGUAUGAAAAGCUGAAACAAGAACAAGCCCAUACAAAAUCAGGAAGUGGUCGGCAAUUCUUCUGCUUUAUUAUAUGUGCUUCUAUUAGAUAAUUCUUCCCCAGGGAAAGUGACUGAUAUGUUGCAUUUAUGCAGAAAGUGCAUUUAUUAUAGGUAUUAUAUGUAAAACUUAUUUUUCUAAAACUGUCCUUUGCAAUGAUGAUUUUGGCAGACAGAUUAAGCUUGGGGUCAAUUUUGUCACUUUCUCAGCUUGCUACCAGCAUUUUGCUAUUAAAAUUUUUUCCUUUCUUUAAUAUUUUAAUUUAUUUUCAAGGCUUCUACACAAUUACCUGGUUUUCCAUCUGACAGGUAUUUCUUUGGUGCUUCCAGCAAUAAUAUGCUAUAAAUAGCCCUGUGAGAUUCAAGCUUGUGAUAUGAAAACUAUUAUCUUGCUUUCAAAAUCUAGGUUGACUUCAGCCAACCAACUCAAACUUCCUCUGCAACCAACACUUUUGGUAAGCACUCAAACCUUUUUCUUCGAGAUUUGUACAAACGGUUUACUACCGUUUAUUUUUUUGCUAUUUUGUUUUCAAGAUUUAUUCUCAAAGUUUUCUAACCUUAUAUUGUUACCGGUACCUGGAGGUUGGCCCUAAGAGCAUUUAUUGUUUAGUUUUGAUCAAGACAGGACUUUCCAAGAGCAAUGGAGAAAAUAACCACUGGUGGUCCGCAUUGUCAGCAUUGAAAUUUGAUUAAAAGGAAAUCAUUUCCUUCAGAAAAUAAAUAAAUAAAUAAAUAAAGUAUGAACCAGGAUCUUGAAAUUUCUUCAACUUCAUUAUUUCUUUGUGAAAUGUCAAGCAAAUGUUUUGAGAUAAUAAUUUUUUUCCUUUUGCACAUAAUUCUUGAAUUCAAAUUAUAUUUUCUAAGCCUUGCCAUAUGCUUGACAAGAGGAGGUUGGGAAAUUCAAGAGAAACUUAUCAUAUCAUCGAAAGAGUAUUGGUGGUGGUAGCAUUCCAAAUCUCACCAGAUGCAACAAACACACUGCCUGUGGAUGGAUCGGGGCUUUUAAGAAUCAAAACACACUGCUUGUGGACGGAUUUGGGCUCAUAAUACUCUCUUCAAGAUUUUGGUAUUGGUGGUGGACGUGAAGAUUUGAAGUCCUAGCCAGAGGAAAAGUUGCUACUUUUGUUUUUCCUCUUCCUGACUACAAACAGCUCAUAGGUUCAGCAAGUCACUCCUCUUGCCAUGGUUGCUUUCGUCACCAGUAGGAACUGUCCAACUCUCUUUUUCACAUCAAGAAUAUUAUAUUGUCUUAUGCUGUGACAAUGGUGCCUAAAAGAGACUGAGAAAGCUGGCUGUUGACCCAAGAUUGCUCAGCUCUUGUUCCUUGAAAAAUCAAGGCCAUUCUUUAGGCUCUUAUGUUCUCUCCAACCGGAAGGUGCUCUGUGAUUGUUAGGUUCAUUCAAUCGAUUUAUUUGUUUAUAAACAUUCAAAGAUUUAUGUCUCAUGGUGUAAACUUUGGACCUCUAUCAAACAUCUUUGCAAACUCUUCUCUGUGUGUACAAUUAUACAAUGAAGAGCAAUGGAGAGACUCGGGCCUCAACACCUAGAUUUGAUAAAAAUUGUAAAUAAAUGGUCAUUUUCAUGCUUAAGAACAUUAUGGAAGUGACAAUUUGUAUUUGUAAGCUUUUAUAUAGCUAAGAACAUUAAGUGUGAAGAUAUUUUAGCACACUUGUGUGGGCUCCAACA